CAGGAGGAGGCUGCAAAGUUGAAGAUCAAGACACUGGAAGAUCUGUUAUCUGAUUCAAUUAGUUCAUGCUUGGAUGGAAACCAGACGACACUCAGCCCUACAGAAGAUAACACUUGGCUGGCUGUGCAGAUGGGUACAAAGGCUGUGCUCUGUUGCCCUCAUAUUCCACCAACAUCAGUGUUGAUACUAACAUCAUGGAAAAUACACCUCAGAGACAAGCCUUCGUGCACCAUUUCCCUCAACAGAGAAACAAAUGAGACCGGGAAAAACAACUGUACUGAUGGGAGAAUCUCCUGGGCCUCCAGACUUGACCAGAAUCCUGAACUUCAGAUCCAUCCAGUGUCCAUCUCACAUGAAGGGGAUUACAGGUGUGAAAUGGGAACAACUGAUGGAAAUUUUCAACGUACAUAUCACCUCCAAGUGUUAGUGCCCCCUGAAGUGAUCCUGUCUCCGGGGAAGAAUAGAACUGUGGAGUGCAAAGCAAUUGCAGGAAGGCCAGCUGCACAGAUUUUUUGGGCCCCAGAGGGGGAUUGUGUCACUGGGAAAGAAUACCAGGACAAUGGCACAGUGACGACCAGGAGUAGGUGCCAUUAUCCAGAUGGCAACGUGUCCACCGUGACCUGCUUGGUCUCCCACCUGACUGGCAACAGGAGUCAAUCCACAGAUCUACUUCCUGAUUCAAGUAGUUCAUGCUUGGAUGGACAGCAGAUGGCAUUACCCCCUAUGGAAGUUACCACUUCAUUGUCUGUGCAGAUGGGUACCAAGGUGGUGCUCUAUUGCCCUUGUAUUCCAUUGACAAGAGUACUGAUAACAACAUGGCGAAUACGCUUCAGAAACAAGCCUUCAUGCAAAAUUGCUCACGACAGGGAAACAAAUCAGACCAUCGAAACCAACUGUGUUGACAGGAGAAUAACCUGGGCCUCCAGACCUGACCAGAGUCCUCACCUUCAGAUUUAUGCAACAGCCAUCACUCAUGAUGGAUAUUUUAGGUGUCAAAUGGCAACAUAUCAUGGGAAUUUCCGUCGUGGAUAUCACCUCCAAGUCUUAGGUCUCGGAACACCAGAAUCUCCAGGUUCAACUCUGCUGAUCAUUCUCUAUGCGAAACUCUCUCUUCUUGUGGUCAUUCUGGUCAUGGUGGGAUUUGCUUUCUUCCAGUGGAUAAAUGAUUGCAGAGAAUAAAAAUCAGAAGAGCUGGAAGUCAGUUGAUGAGACAUCACAAGAAAACAGCCAUUUGUAAUCAGCCUCAUGUUCAACAUCUAGCUGAAGUGCACUUUCAUACCUAAGCGUUUAUGAGAAUGGACAUAAGUUGCAGGCAGUUUCAGUCUCUUAACAUACAGUAUAUACACAUAUGCAAAAGCUUGGUGUUUGCUGUCAUAAAUGUCAAGGGUGCUUUGUCUAUUCUUCCCUUUCCUUCAGUGAAUGCUUAUUAGACAAAGUAAAACAAUCCUGCUUCCCAGCCUAAAGAAGAAGAUGGCUCAGCAAUUCAAACAGCAAUGCUGAGCAGUUUUUCUACACCCCUUGAGUCCUUUGGAUGGUGCUUUCAUCCAGCUUCUUGGUUCCUUUGUCCACUUGAGAUGCUAUCAAAGUUGCAAUGGCUAGAGCCACUAUAAACACUGCCUGCAAGUUGGCCAGUAGCGAACCUUCUGUCCUUUUUUUUUUUUCUUCCUAGCAAGUACCAGGGCAGUCACAUUGCAUAUUUGGACUGAAUCCUAAGUGAAUGGCUUAAAGUCUUUUUUAGCAAUAGUUGCAUUUUAGUAGAAGUUAUAAAUUGUUCCCAACUAAGGAACUGCCAGUGUCCUUGGAUACAAUGCUGAAGGUCCCCUGACCUUUCAGAGCUCUAAGUGUCUCAGUACUGUUUGUUGUUUAUAUUCUAAGUUACAGAUUGGAAUGGAUUAAUGAGGGUAAAGGGUGGGAUACUGGUGAAGCCCUAAUAUCUUGAAAGGCUGCUGAUUCAGAUGGUAAUCCUGUAGUAAAAAGUGUUGUUUUACCUAAAUGUAUCUUUCCGCCCCCCGCGCCCCCCCCAUACUGUAGAUUGAACUCAGGGAUGUUUCACCACUGAGCCAUGUCCCCAACCCUUUUUAUUGUUUAUUUUGAGAUAGAGUCUCACUAAAGUUUCUUAGGGCCUUGCUAAAUUGCUGAGACUACCCUCAAACUUGUGAUCCUCCUCCCUCAGCCUCCCAAGUUACUGGGAUUACCAGCACGCACCACCAUGCCCAGCUAAAGGAAUCUUUUCUUAUGUAAAGUUGUGAGUGAUUUGGGCUACUAGUUUUGUUUUCAAUAAAACUGUAGGGGAGAAAAUGAAUGCUUAAUAUUGGAAGAUGCUACACUAGUCCAGUACUCUAAUUAGGUGGUGCUUUCAUCCUAGAUUCUUGGUUGCCCACCAAAAAAAGUUUAAUUCUUACUCAAAUCACACUCCAAUGUAGUUGGUGGGUCUGGGACAGUGGUUUGACAGGUAUUGCUCCAAGCUAGCAUUUUAUCCUCUUUAUGCUAUGACUCUGAUUUCCUCAGAGUACUCUGUAGUCACCUGGUGAAAAGGCAGCAGGAUUUUAUGUGGGAGGAUUUUACAGGCCAGACUUGGAGUAGCAGUUACUUCUACUGGCAUUCCAUUGUCUAGUGUUCAGUCUGAAGGUCAUGGUAACUUGUACAGAGCUUGGAAAAUGGUCUGACUGCUUUGGAAGAAAAGGAAUCAAGCUUGUUAUACAUCUAGCCAAUAGUAAAUAAUAGGACUAGUGCUAAGAUUAAUGCCUACUCUAUUUGUCAUCUAACAUGAAUUAAUAAAUAUUUUCAUUAGUAAAUAUCAUAGAUAUUUAUUAGAUUUUGUAUUAGAUUUUUUUCAUGUUUAUGAUAGCAUAUUGAAAGUGAAGGAGUCUUGUAAUUCAAUUCUGUAAUAGACUGAAAAAGACAGCAGAGAUUGCAAGUUGCCUGGUCCAUUGUGGUCCUACCCUUUCUCUUUGUGGCCAUUGAUUAUGUUCACACCCCCUUUUACCCAUGCAAGCUUUCAGCGGAUUUCAAAGUCCUUUCCCUAAGGAGAGUACAUGCUUAUCCACCAUAUGUAAUUUGCUUUGGCCAAUAAAAUGAGGCAGCAGUGGCAGUGUACCAUCUGAGCAUGGGUCUCAUGAGGUCCUUCAUGUUUCUGCCUGCUACUCCAAUGAGAACAUGUCUGGCCUAGCCUGCAGGGGAGUGAGAACCACAUAGAGUAUAGCUGAAUCACCUCACUCCAACCUGCUUACCUCCCUGUUGAGUUUUGGCAAAUGAAAUAUAAGCAUAUCGUCUGUGAUAUUUUCUGGAAAACUUUUUGAAAGAGAAAGGAAGGGUGCUUUUCUGCUUUUCCUCCUUAUUUCUUGGACUGCAACAUUGGUGUGAUGACUGGAGGUCCAGCAGCCAACUUGAGCUAUGAGUGACCCUUGAGGAAGAAGACUAUUCACUGAGAUGGAUUUAAAAAAAAUGGAAAAAGAAAGAUGGAAGCAUCCUGGGCCUGAUGACCAUGGAGCUGCCCUACCAACCCUAGUCCAUCUACCUAUUGACUUUGUAUAAGAGAAUAAACUAUUUUAUUCAUGGCA